GUCUUUCGAUCUUGUAAAUCUUGAAGCGGCGCCUGUCUAGCAAGGGCGAUAUGCCACGUGCGCUCGUCCUCUGGCUUGCCCUCUGCAAUGCUGUCGAGGCAUGGAAGCAGUGGAGCUGGGCUGGACCUGGUCCCGGGCCUCGCAGCGGGCACUCGCUCACGCUCUACAAGCAGGACCCGCGCUGUGGUGUUUGGCGGCCGCGCCGACGACACGACGGUUUGUCAUGCCACACACCACGGAUCCACCAACUUGUGCCCAGACGCCACAUGUGCCCAAGACGUACGACAUUACGCAAGUCCAAGGCCAGAUCCAGUUUUCCACCUACACGGACGAGCCAGUGCUCUCAACGUGCAAGGACAACACGUGCACCAUCCCGAUUGGCAGCUACUACAACGACGUCUGGUCCUACGACAUUAAUUGCACACGCUACGCCGACGAGAGCUGUCGCGACAAAUCGUGGACCCAGCUCCACGAAGGAAAGCCGUGGGGAGGCUGUCACAUGGUCUAUGGCGCGCUUAUUUGCUCGCAUCCCGCGGAGCGCUGGUUUCACAAGGCCGAGGUCUACCAAGACCACAUGUUUAUCUAUGGUGGGUACGGGCAACUCUGCACCGACUACUGUGAUGACAUGUGGCGCUUCAACUUUGAAGACAACACGUGGACCGAAAUGGCGGCGCUUGGAACGUACUCGGUGCAAGGGCCAGGAAAGCGCUGGAAGUUUUCGUCGUCGGGCGACGGCACCAACAUGUACAUCUUUGGCGGCUACCGCAUUUGGCACGGCUUUGCGCCUCAAAACAGUCGCGCCAACCGCUGGUCGGACCAUACGAUCUAUCCCAAGGGCGGGUACCUAGCCGACUUGUGGCAAUUCAACUUUGCAUCGCUGACGUGGUCGCAGCUGCAGCCAGAAGCCACAUGUGUACCAGAAAUCAACGCCGCAACGGUAUGUACGUUGUCGUGGCCACCACCCCGCGCCGGACACGCGUCGCUCCUCUACAACAACCAACUAUUCAUUCACGGCGGCUAUCAGACGUUCUUUCCAUACCCCAUCACGAGCGGCGCCGGCGCCGGUCGCGCCACCUUUGCCGGCUCGGGUCCAGGAUACACGCCGUUUCCAAGCAACCCCUAUUACCUCGACGACCUCUGGGUCUACGACCUGGCGUCCGGCCUCUGGACUGAAAUCACGCCGCUGUUGAACGUCAAGCCCGGGCCGCGCACCGAACAUACCAUGAUUGCGGCGGGGGCCGUCUUUGUACUCUUCGGCGGGUAUCUCUCCAACUACUACUACGAGGACACGUGGCACUUUAACUCGACGGGGAACCAGUGGCUCCAACAAACCGACUUUGUCCACGCACUGUACCCAAUCAACUGCACGGACGACUUGGCGGCGCGGGCCGAUCCGUUCAGCGGCACGUAUCAACCGUAUGCACCCGACACCGCGUUGUUCAACUCGACACCGCCCUUGCUGUGGGCCAAACAACUACAUUACGGCACCACAACGUUCUCUGUGACGGCAGACCCCGAGCGCCGCCUUCGUGUCAACCCACAGAGUGGCUUGUACCCGCAAGCGCGACGCCAGGCGCCGGGCUGGGACGGCUGUCGCGACCGCGCCGACAACCGCACCGACUUGCCCUGGGAUCUGCAAUGGUCUCGGCCAUCGCAGCGCGCAGCUCACAUGGCAGUCUUCCACAAGGGCUAUGAUCUCAUGCUGCUCUACGGCGGCUACGGUGUGCGUCGCGAAGAGCUCUACUCGCGCAAUAGCACGACGCCAGCCUCUACAUACGGAGACUGGUGGUCGUACAGCUUGACCAACUGCAUCAAAAACUGCUCGCUCCACGGUGUCUGCUCGUACGGACGCUGCAUCUGCAACGAAGGAUACUACGGCACUGACUGCUCCAACUCGUCCUGCCCGGGCACCGUGUGCGAUUUCGACCAAACGACGCAGGUCACGUCGUGCACGCAUUGCUGCUUCUCAGGCUUUGAACACACGGACAACGACACCUAUGUGCCGGGCAUUGAGAAGCUCCCUUGCACGGCCGAGAACGUUCAUUACUCGAAUGGCAUCUGCGACGGGUUUGGCCAGUGCAUUUGCCGUCCGCCCUUCAUCGGGCAAGACUGCUCGAUCCGCAAUUGUGGCCGCAACUGCUCCGGCCAUGGCUACUGCAGCGUCGAGUUUCCGAAUUCGCGCUGCCUCUGCGAUCCUGGCUGGCUCGGCAAGUACUGCGACCAACAGGUUUGUUUGAACAACUGCUCGUACCCGAACGGCGUCUGCGUCAACGGGUCGUGCUACUGCACCCUGCUCUACGAGCCGUACAACAAUACGCUGCCGUACUUGCCGUACAUGGGCGACGACUGCUCCUUUAUGAUGCCCUUCGCCCUCGCGACAAGUCUACAUCUCUCGUUCCCACUGCUUGCGCUGCUUGGCGUACUUUUUAUCGCCGUUGAACCGUACUAA